UUCUCUGAUGCUGUCUCUGGGCCCUCAGCAUCCCUCUCCAUGGGGUGGCAGAUGGAGCUCCGCUGCCAAGGAUAGGCUCUUUGCACCGUCAUCAAACUCUGGGCUUCUUCAGGACACGGCCUCUCAAUUCUGAGAUAUGAAGGUCGCAGUGUUGGACCUGGGGUCCCUCUUUGCCAAAAUCUUCAAAGCCUCUGUGCAGCCACCCGCAGUCGCCUCGCCCGCAGCUACUGCCUCCUCUAGCAGCUCCUCGGCUGUGGCUGCAACUGGUCCGAUGGGCUCUAGCUUGGGCAGUGCAAGCAGCACCACCAGUACCGGCCUUGGGGCCGCUCAGACUGUCACUCUCUUCCCCACGGUGGCCCCUAGAUCCCCAGCCACUCCUAGGAUACCCUCUGAAUCGCUUCCUUCCUCGACCACCCUUCACCCUCUCCUUACCGCCUCCUAUCCUAGAGUUUCCGCGGUAAGAAAAAUAGCAGAAACAGCGGGAUCCCCAUUGUACUUGCCCAGUAGCCCCAGAGCAGCGAAACUCCAACCCCUUCCCCAGUCCCUAUCUUUGCCCUUACCCCUGCCUCAUCCCUUGUCCCAAUCUCAGCCUCUGCUUUCAUCCCAGUCCCACUCCCAGACUCAGCUUCAAUCCCUCUCACAGCCCUCUUCCCAACCUCAUCUUCAGUUCUUAUCUCACCACCAGCCCCAGCAGCAGUCCCUUCCCCAACUUCCACCUGAACCUCAUCUUCAACCACUGCCCCAGCUCCAGUCUCAGCCCUUCUCCGAACCUCAACCUCAACUCCUGACCCAGCCCCUUCCUUUUUCCCAACCCCAGGCUCAGCUCCAACUCCUUCCCCUUCCUCAGACUCAGCUCCAGCCUCUUGCCCAGCCCCCCUCCGAGGCUCAGCUACAAGUCCUAACCCAUCCUCAGCCUCAGCUCCAGCCCCUGACCCAGCCCCAACAGCAGUUUCUCCCCCAGCCCUUGCCUCUUCCCCUUCUCUACUCUCCAGUGCAGGCCCUUUCCCGGGGAGGCAGUAGUGGUGGUGGCAGCUGCAGAAACAGGAGUGGGACUAACUCCCCUGCUCUUCCUCUUCCCCUGGCCCUAUGGCGGCCUCCCCCCGGCCCCGGUGGGGUCGGAGUGGUCUUGCAACCCAUUACUGGCACGGGAAGUAGCAGCAGCGGCUUAGUGGCAAGCCCGGCUAGCUCUCCGCACCAUCCUGGCCCCGGAGAGCGAGAGCCAGGUGCUUGGAUAGGACCGGGCCCGGGCUCUAAGACUCUCUUCUUCACUCUCCCUGACAUCGGUGAGGAGUGGGGGACGGACAUUGAAUCAGAGGAAGAUGGUAGCAGUGAAACAAAAGGUCUGACUGAAGGGUCUGGAGAGCAACAUUUUGCUAGAAAGAGCAAGGAUCCUCUCCCUAAGCAUUUCACCAAAAAUGUGCAAGAAGCCAUUCACAAUUAUAUCUGUGAGUCUGUUUCAUCUGUCUCAUCAAGUGGAAACACCACCCCUACAGAGUUGAAUAACUCUUGGUCUGGAAUACGAAGCAAUACCACUGAAAGAAGUGUGUCUACUGAACGGGACUCAGUCUCCUCUUGGACAGAUGAUGAGUUUGACAGAGCUACAACACAAAAAGUUCAGCAGUUAUUCCGAGAAGUGGAUGAAAUGCUUUUUGAAGGGAAAAUCAGCCCUCAUUGCCAGAAUCUGCAGGCAGAAUGUGAGGAGUGGACUAGAAGGUCACUUCAUCUCAGGGUUCUAGGAAAACAGCUUAUAUUUCCAACAGAUGAAGGUUUUCAACAUUUUCCAAGCAAUACUGCUAGUUCUGUUUGUACCAAGUCCUCACUUGAUCUCUGUGAAAGCAAUAGCAAUCUCAAAGAGCUGUGCCUCUCAGGCUCCAAACUUGUCCCAGCAGAUUACACCCAGAUUUCUUCUGUUAUUCCUGACAUAAAUGCAUCAUUCUUAGAAGAAGAGAUCUAUGCUGUGGAUGGAAAAAUUGAAGAGUAUUUUGCUUUUGACAAAGAUCUUGAUGAUGAAAGUGUGGAACUCAAGAAAACUAGAAAGAAUCAACAAAGGAAUAAACAUGGACUCCCUCCCAUUUCCCCUGCGCUCUGCAUCAAAGAUGCAGUAACAGCUGAAGCAUUUGAUCGAGGCUGGAGAAAUGUAGUUGGAAUCUUGGAAGACCUGCUUAAAAAAACUUGGAAAACUUCCCUUGAAGAAAGAAGUAAACAGAGAAGAAAUUUGGAGACAACUAGAAAAAAACCGGCAAAACCAUUGAGUUCCCGUAUUCCACCCAAUCCAUCAAGUAUUCCCCCUUCCAGAGAUUCUGAGACCCACAGCAUAUCUUCAGCUUCUCUUCUAGGUCCACCUCAGAGCCAUCGCCUCUCCAGUAGUUUGAACAGUGAUUUAAAUGGUGUGAUGACAAUUCAAGCAAAGCCCCUUCAACAGAGAUACCCAAAUCUUUCAGACAAGACACUACACAAUCAAGAAGACAGGUUACUAGUUGCAGGGUCCAGUGUUUCUUCCUCAGUCUGGAAUCGGUUGGGGCAAUUCUCAGAUAACAGUAUUCCAUCCUCAUCCCGGGGACCACAUAUACCUUUGAGGAAGACAGCAGUUCACAGGAGGUUGCCAUCUCUUUCUUCAGAAUUACAUCAAUCAAAAACCUCCAGUGUGCAUGGUGAUAAAGUUCUCAGGGGCACUAAGCUGCAAAUUGGCUCAGACUGCUUGUCCUCUCCAUCCAUUCAAGUGCCUCGAAACAAGUUACCACCCAUAGGCUCAGAGACUGGGGAGCAGAAUGUUGCUACUCCUGGAUCCCGCCAAGCCUAUCACAGAGGACGAUAUCCCUCAAACCAAGUGUUAAGCGCUAUUCCUGGCAAUAUUGAAAGACCUCCUCUUCGGGAAAGGACUGUUAUCUCAGAGCAAUUUUCAAGACCUAGUACCACUCACACCUUCAGGUCUGAUACUCCUUACAAAAGGUCACUGACACCAAUGGAAUUUGUAAACCAUACAUGGACAGAUCAAGGUUUUAUAACAAGUUCACAGCAUCUACAUAAAUCUUAUCAAAGAAAUACCUCAACUUCAAAAAGGAGAUUUCCAGUGGCUUCCUGAUACAACUUGGCCCAUCAGUCAUUGUGUUCAGUGAAAUCUGCCUAGUGUCAAUUUAAUCUUUAUCACAUGAGGUAUAAGAGCAAGUAUUAUGCUAUGUCCUUUUUUCUUAUGGUCAUGGAAACAAGACUCCUGGAGAAAUACCAUCAUAAUAAAUAUGUCCAUUUUCACCUAGAA